AUGCCUUCCCCACCGCAGGAGAAGCAGCAGACGAAGAAGUUCCAGAAGGGCGAGAGGACGGUUCCAUCCUCCACGGACAAGGCGCUGAAGUACUACCCGGCAGAGGACGAGGCGGUACCCAGGAAGACCCGCAAAACGCAACGCCCGUACAAGCCCCGCGCCUCCCUCACACCCGGCAAGGUCCUCAUCCUCCUCGCUGGACGCUUCCGCGGCAAGCGCGUGGUCCUGCUCAAAGUCCUCGAGCAAGGCGUGCUUCUCGUUACCGGUCCCUUUAAGAUCAACGGUGUGCCUCUCCGCCGUGUCAACGCCCGCUAUGUGAUCGCCACCAAGACCAGCGUCUCCGUGGACGGCCUCGACUCCUCAACCAUCGACAAGGUUAGCAAGCCAGAGUACUUUGCGCGGGACAAGAAGGCGGACAAGAAGGGCAGCGAGGAGGCUUUCUUCAACCAGGGCAAGGCUGAGAAGAAGGAGGUUUCCAGCCAGCGGGCGAACGACCAGAAGUCGGUCGACAAGGCGUUGAUUGCGAGCAUCAAGAAGGAGCAGAUGCUGUCCUCCUACCUGUCUAGCACCUUCAGCCUGAGGAAGGGCGACCGGCCACACGCGAUGGUGUUCUAG